GGCGCGAAGCUCAGCGAUCAAAAAGGUAGAAUCGAAAACAGGGGCGAGGUCACCAGGUCUGGAGUACAAGAAUCGAGGUUGACAAGGGCAAGGGGUAAUUGAAUCACCGCAAAGUUCACCGCCCAAGUGUUGGCCAAUCAAUUUGCUUGCCGAUAUCGUCGUGCAUACGCUAUCUGAGCUGAGGAGCGUUAAGCUUCAGUCAUAAAGCUUCAGUCAUUCCCAACCUCUCUGUCUCUCAUCCUUCUUCAAAACUACAAAACAUCAAUUCAAUAACAAAUCCGUGGUAAAUCUCCACGGUUCCCUUCAUUAUGUUACGUUCUACUCUAUUUCUUGCCGCUGCAUCUCUGGCUACAGGCGCAGUCAUCCAACAGCCCAUUGCGGAACAAAGCUCUCAAUCUCUUGUCAGUGAAAAACACAAACCAUUGAUUAAAUCUUCUUCCCUCCAAAAUGAUAUAAAGACAAGCAAUCUUCUCAAACGGGCGAAGCAACUUUACAAAAUUGCAGAGGAAAGCAUCCCGGAGUACAAUCACCCGACGAGAGUUAUUGGGUCAAAAGGUCACGAAUCAACUGUUGAUUACAUCUACUCUUCUAUUGCGUCCCUCGGCGACUACUAUACAAUCUCCAACCAAUCAUUCCCUGCAGUAGUGGGCAAUAUCUUCGACUAUCGACUCGUACUUGGCGAUGCCGUUCCAAAGACUGCGACUCCCAUGAGUCUUACUCCUCCAACAACCAACAAAGAUGCAGUUUUCGGUCCACUAGUAUUGGUCAACAACAAUGGUUGUGAUGCAUCCGACUAUCCCGCAGAGGUAGCGGGCUCUAUAGCUUUGAUCCUCCGUGGAACUUGUUCCUUUGGAGAUAAAUCUGCGAAUGCCGGUAAAGCAGGUGCCAUUGCCGCAGUUGUCUACAAUAAUGCCAACGGCUCUUUGAGUGGAACACUUGGAGCACCAAACGCAGAUCAUAUCGCCACUUUCGGUAUUUCAGAUGAAGAAGCAGCCCCAUAUGUCGCGAAAUUGAAGAAUGGGGAAUCUAUCGAUGGAUCUGCAUUCGUUGAUGCAUUGGUCGAAGAAAUCACCACCACAAACAUCAUUGCUCAGACUAAAGGAGGCGAUGCAAAUAACUGUGUAAUGUUGGGAGGACAUUCGGACAGUGUUGAAGCAGGACCGGGUAUCAAUGACGAUGGGACUGGUUCCAUAUCUCUGCUUGAGGUUGCUACCCAGUUGACCAAGUACAAAGUCAACAAUUGUGUUAGAUUUGGUUGGUGGGCAGGUGAGGAGGAGGGACUUCUCGGUUCAGACUACUACGUUUCCCAACUUUCCGACGAGGAGAAUUUAAAGAUCCGUCUUUUCAUGGAUUACGACAUGAUGGCUUCUCCAAACUAUGCUUAUCAGGUGUACAACGCCACUGAUGCCGCCAAUCCUGAUGGAUCCGAAGCAUUGAGAAACUUGUAUACAAAGUGGUACAAAUCUCAUCAACUCAACUACACAUAUAUUCCGUUCGAUGGUCGAAGUGACUAUGAUGCUUUCAUCAAGAACGGCAUUCCAGGUGGUGGAAUUGCAACUGGUGCUGAAGGUGUCAAGACUGCUGCCGAGGUUGAAAUGUUUGGUGGUAAGGCUGGAGAUUGGUAUGAUCCUUGUUAUCAUCAACUUUGUGACGAUCUUUCAAACCUUGCUCUUGAUGCUUGGUUAAUCAACACCCAGCUCAUCGCCCAUUCCGUUGCUACUUACGCCAACUCUUUUGAUGGAUUCCCAAAAAGAACUUUGGAAAGCGUUAGUGUUUCUUCUGCAAAGAAAGUGAAGGAAGAGACCAAAUAUCAUGGUCCUCAGUUGAUCAUGUAAUUUUUUGGUAGCAUUUAUAAGAAUAUUCUAGGGAUUGGGAGCAUGCAUGCCCGCAUGUAGAUAGUUGUAAUUUUUAGUAUGCCUCACAUAUUUCAUAGGCACACAUCGGAUUUGAAUUUAAACGGCGAUAUAUCUAUUUUUGUUUGCAUGCAAGCGAUACCUUUUUAUGAGAAGUUCGAGAAUCAAAACAAUAAUUGUAUCAUGUCACAUGCUUCAUUUUCUCACA